AUGGCGCUGACCAGGUUGCUGGCCCUGCUGGUGGCUGUGGCCGCCACAGCCGACGCCCUCGUGUCCGCGCCGGCGUGGGUCGACCAGCAGAGUGGGCUGCUGGGGUACAGAGGAGAGCAGCAACAGGGGCCGACGCGGCUCUCCCUUCCCAUCCCAUCGGCGCACCGCCGGGAGGAGUCAUCGCUGCCAGACUACGGCGCCGUCUUCCGGAAGGACCGAGGUCGCGAGGCCGCGACUGCCCUGAGUGAGCCGAGGCCUUGGUGGAUGGCACCGCAGGUUGUGACUAGUGAGGACUUCCAAAGGCUCGCGCCACAACGAACUGCUGAUUUUAGCUCUCAGUUUCUACAGCUACUGAUGCAGGAAGUGAAGCGAAUGCAGGGCAAAGCCGAAAAUGGCAGGCUGGCUGGAGAGGACCCGGGGGUGACGCGCGGAGUCGUUCGACCGGCCGAGCAGAGGAGUGGCGACCCGCAGUUGGUGGCCAUGCCGGCAGUUCCCAUCGCCUUCCGCUCGUUCAUCAACUCGCCGGACAUCCCUACGCUGUGUCCAGACGGCACCAAGGUGGCACACGACAAGUCGUGCCGCUCCGUGUGGAAGAGAGACUCCAGUUGACAACGGUUUCGGAGAUCUGUAGCAGAAUGCAGGUAUGGAACAUUGUGAACAGAUUGUGUUGAGGACGAUAAAGAAGCCACAGGGAAAUAGUUAUUCCACCGCUCUGCAGUCUACAGUUUCGCCAUCAACUAAUUUGUUCGGGUCUCUGUGACGAAGGAAAUAAAUUUUUAAUGUUUUACGGAGUGCAACGUUGAAAUAUGACUUUUGUAAUGACAACUUAUAUGAUUACAAAUGUUUUUGAAAUUAA